AUGGGUACAGAUGAUAGUACAACAACAACAAACAAGAUAUCGAUCAAUAUUAAAAAUGCAGAGGAUCCAAUACUUGCAGUUGAGAUGUCUACAUCAGAGCUGAUUAGCCAAUUAAAAUAUAGAAUAUUAGAGGAAAAGAAGAAACUGGGUCAUAGAAUACGACUUGUUUACCAAGGAAAGUUAUUGUUGGAUCAUCAAACAUUGGUAGAUGCAAAGUUGACAAACAAUUGCAAUGUUUUAUCAUCUAUUACAGUACCAUUGGAUUUGAAUUUAGGUCAACCUACCUUUUCCUCAUUACCAAAUCAACCCAUCCCUACCAACAAUCAAAUCCUUGUAAAUAAUAAUAAUAAUAAUAAUAAUAAUAAUAAUAAUGAUAAUAACCCUACUAUAGUACAUAUUCCUCAACCUAUUUCUUAUAACAACAAUAAUACAACACCGACAUUGACAUCGGUAUCACCACCAAAUAUAUUAUCAGCAGCAGAAAUUCAACAUAAUCGAAUACAAGAAUUACUUAGGCAACAAAGAGAUAAUGAUUUUAUAUUGGAUAUGGAAGCAAAUGGUUUGGUAUUGCAAAAUGUUGAACCAGCUGCAAUGGUUCAUCAUGAACAACAAACAAACCAUACAAUAAUGUCAACAGGUCAAGGAUCAUUGAUACGUGAAAGUUUAGAACUAUUCUUGGGAAUGGCAUUUGGCAUUUUGGUUGGACCAAUCGCUCUCUUUUGGCUUACACGUGAUUAUCUACCAAGACAAAUUAAAUUGGGCGUAGUUGUUGGGGUUAUCUUUAAUAUGGUUAUAGGUUUAAGUAAAGUUACUUCAAGUGGUGCUCAAACUAUUGUCUAA